CGUAGCAAGACGACCCACCCGGGCAGACUUGCGCGAUUAAGGAAGGCAUCUGAUGUCUAUAUUUUUUUCAGAGAUUUUUUGAUUUUUAGCAUAUUUUAUGUUGCCUUCACAUUAUAUCGCUUUUACUCAAAUUAUUAAAUAGUUAUUUUAUUCAUACCUAUUCGUAGCCCUAACAUUUCCUUAGCUCAAGCUCUGGUAUGCACAAACAAAAUUCGACCUUGGCUUUGUUCCGUGGCUUAUAUAAGUCAGGCACAGUUCAGGCGCACGACUGCCAGUGUUUGUAAUAAUUUCUGGCUAUUAUCACUUAUACUGGCCAUUCGAUAAUUGAAAUGAAAUAAUGUACGCGUUGCCUAUAAAUAGCCAGGUAAACAGUUUAAACAGUUGACAAAAGUAUAGUGCAUAAUUAUUAUUGGUAGCGCAAUUAUUAUUGGUAAAUAUUUCCUUAUAUUUUCUGAAAUCGUAAAUCAUGCUAACAUUAGGUUUUCUGGCAUGGCCAUAUCUAAUGGCUGCAAAAAAGAAAUUGUUUUCCGAUCGCAAGAUGAAAGAACCAGAAAGAAAAGAUAAUGAAAAAAUAUCUGCCAACAACAGCAACAUAGUGGACAAGCGAUCAACGGCCACCACUCCCCUACAGCAAGCCGCGGAACUGCUGGAACGCAGCCAGCAGUUACUGCAGGCCGCGUACGCGGAGGCAGCCGCCCACGCGACUACGGCGGCACGGGUACGCCGGAUGUCCACGGCAGAGCUACGCCGGGACCCGGUACUGUGGGUAGCCUACACCCGCGGGUGGGACGACCGCGCGGGCAAGGCGACCAACGUGGAUCCCAAACCCGCGGUAACCAACAGGUCCCAGAGCCCAAGACGGCCCGUACAGCCAGCUGGCACACCGCGACCGCCCCCGAUACCGCAGUCUGCACGGUUGCUCCGACCACCCCCCCAACCACUCAUGGCAGUACUGGUCCCACGACCAAAAUUCUUCAUACCGCCAACACCGCCCGCGACGAGGAAAGUGGACCAGAAAAGUGCCCAAAGGCCACCGACAACAGCGCCAUCACAAAAUUCGAGGCAACGCCGGAACCAGUCUCGGAUGCGGGAAUACCGGGGACAGAAAAAGGCCGGCAAACCCACCACCUCCCAACAGUACCGCCUGGAAAAACCGGCACCCUCAACCACCCAACCGGCACCAGGCCCAAAGUCGUUGGAGGCAACCAACACGCCUGUCCCCGAGGCCAAGACACCGGAGGUAGCAAUGCCUACCGGACAAGCCGAGGCCACGGAACAACCGGCCACCGCCACUUCAAUUCCGGUCGAUAUGAAGAUAUCACCGGAUGAGGAAAAGGAGCUGCUGUGUGACAUGAUGGAUGUUGGUCCCCCAGACGACGAGGACAUGGUGUUCCAAAGCACCAGCCACGACCCCACGACGCCACCACGACAUGGGUAGACAGUCCGGAGCGCGACCGCUACACAAACUGUCUACGCCAGCCACCGAUCCACCCAUACACCCACCGGAAGCGGCCGGACAACCGCCGUCACUAUUCUGUGAUUGAUACGAUGAUAGCAUACAACACGUGUGUCAGCUCGAUUAUACUAUUGUCUAGCCGUUGCACCACAUAAGAAAAUUGUUGCACCUAGUUUUGUUUAACCUGUUAUAUUGUAAAAUACACUGUUUCA